UAUACAAUCAGAGAGAGAGAGAGAUGGAACACACGUCAAGAGCAUUAGUCUUAGUUGUAGUUCUAUGCCUUGCGGUUCUGAUCACUCAAGGAGCGGCUCAUGACCAACCACCACGAUCAGAAUCUCCACCUAGCUUUCCCAUCGACUUAGAGAAAUGCUGGUCAUCUCUCUUCAACGUCCAUGGAUGUGUACUCGAACUCUUCCAAUCGGUUUUCUCAGGCAAGUUUGGACACGUUGGAACCGCGUGUUGCAAGGCGUUUUCGACCAUAGAUGCAAACUGCUGGCCUCACAUGUUCCCUUUGAACCCCUUCUUCCCACCUCUUCUUAAAGACAAUUGUGCUAACCUUGUUCCAAACUUACCCUAAUCAUAAGUGAUAGUGAAGUUGGACCAUUUGUUUAUUUUUAGAAAAGUUUAUGGAAUAAUCACUGUUCUAUUAAUUGUUCCCCCAAGUCUUAUUAAAUAUCAUAUCUAAUAAAAAUGAAUUUCUUACCAAGUUCAUAGACAUUUGUUGCCUUUGGUCACACA